GCCCUCCAAAGCACACUGAUUUCGGGCCGGUCACUGUUUUACAUACCACACCGAGAGCCCGUCAUCGUUUUUCCGCAGAUGACGAGAAGAGAACAGGAAUUUUCAAUCUUACCGAUGCGGAGCCGGAAGGUAAGGCCUGUGUAAACGGACGGUGCAGUGAUCGCGAGGGCUGGUGUCGUCGAGGCGAAGGACAGGAGUCGGCAGUUCGAUGUGUUGGCGGUAAACUGUGAGACAUUCAAAGAGACUAAAUGAGAAAUAAACGGCGGAGUCGGUUACCAGAUGGCACCGAAUCGGAAUUCACUCAGGAGGCGGUCUGCGAGGAGAAAGAAAACCUGCGGUCAGAAGUUCCUCGACUUCCUCCGGGCGUUAGCGGCGUUCAUCUUCAGCAACGUCGGCAUCGUCUGCCUCAUCGUCGGUUACACCAUUUUGGGAGCGUUCCUCUUCGCCGCGAUCGAGAAGAGCCAGACGACGGAUGACGGCCACAGGAUCGCCGAGGUGAGGCAGACCAUGCUCGAGAAACUCUGGUCGACGACUAUGCAAUUCAACACGUUCACGGAGAAGAGCUGGAGGGAUAACGUGACCGAGGAGAUCAUCAAGUUCCAAAACCAAGUCGUAUCGGCCGUCCAGGCGGGCAACUACGACGAGGUCGGGGCCGUCCGAAACAGGUGGACUUUCUCUGCAUCUUUCCUCUAUUCUCUCACUGUCAUCACAACUAUAGGUUACGGGAAUAUAACCCCGACGACUGAAUGGGGCAAGUUCGCGACCAUAGUUUACGCUAUAGGAGGGAUGCCGAUUUUCCUCCUUUUUCUCUCCAACAUCGGCACCCUGCUUGCAAAAAGCUGCAAGUGGACCUACGCCAAAUGUGUCCUCUGCAAGGGCUGCGAACCGGAAAGGCUCAGGCAGUUCCAGGUGGACAAGGCGAUACAGCGGAAUAUGCAGCGGAACACUCCGUCUCCGCAGGGUGAUGCAGAUGAAGAAGAAGGAGAUGGCGCAUCGUCUACGCCUUCAACGUUGGAUCUUCAAACCGUUACUGUUCCUAUAUCCAUUUGCCUAGCAAUUAUGGUCCUAUAUGUCUGCGGAGGGGCUAUGCUGUUCGCCAAAUGGGAAAACUGGGAGCUCCUCGACGGCGCUUAUUUCUGCUUCAUAUCGCUAAGCACCAUCGGCUUCGGAGACCUCGUCCCGGGUGCCAUGAUAAGAAGCAGGGAGGGCGUUGUCGAGCUAGAGUUCAUAUUUUGCUCAACGUACCUCCUCCUCGGCAUGGCCCUCAUCGCCAUGUGCUUCAACCUUAUGCAAGAAGAGGUCGUACACAAACUCAAGUCCUGCUGGGGAACUGUGAAAAGGAUACUGCGAAUAGCGCCGUAAUAUAAGAGUGUGACUGUCUUUGUUAUUAUUAUUUAUGCCUUUUUUUAUAGGAUUCACUUGCGAUUGUGUAUAAAUUUGUUAAUAGCGGGCCGAUUUUUUUUCAUUCGUAUUCCGUGAUCGUUUCUAGAUUUUAAAUAAGAGGAAAAUCAUUUUGUUAAUAGUUUGUUUAAGGCAUUUUAUACAUAUAGAUUAUAUUAUUGAACUUUAAAUUGAAAAUAAGACAUAAAAUUGUUUCUGUAAUCACGUUUUUGGUCAAAAAUCCAUCUUUUUUUCCUCCUGAAUAUUAGAUAUUGUAAUUAUCCGGAUAUGGGUUCAAGUCCAGCUCGUGCCACUAAUUUGUCAACUUAACCAUACUUUGCAUAUUAUUUAAAAUAAUUACUUUGGUUAAUUGGACAAACUAAAAACAUACAAUAGAUUAGGUACUCUGUUUUAUUAUUUCAAGAAAAAAUAUGGAUUUUUGUCUCUUUUUGUUUAAAUAUUUCUAUGUGAUAAAUGAUGUAUGAUUGAGUUAUUCUUUGAACUGUUUGUAUAUUAGCCGAAAUGAAAAAAAGUUCAUAUGUGAGAUAUAUUGAGGACAUUCCCUUCUGAAUCACUUACUAUGUACAUCUGUGACAAUAAUGACUAAAAUAAAUAGAGAGAGAAAGGUUUGUAAACAAAGCCUGAAGAGCAAUAUUAAUAAAGGGCUCGUCGCUUUUGAUAAAAAAUGAUUGUUUGCCAUACGCCUCACAAAAACAGUAGUAAGUAAAACUUUUACAUAUUCAUCAGUCAUUUUAAACACACUGGGAAAAUAUUUCUUUCCAAAAGAGUUCCAUUUGCUUAAAAAAAAUGCAGAUUAAAUUAUUAUUGUUUAGAAAAUAUUGACUAAGGAACAUAUGUCUAUUGUACGUUCCAACUUCCUAACAGCGCACACUUUCGAGAAUGGGAUUUGAUCCGCUUGAAAGAAGAGUUUACAUAUAACAAAAUUAUUAGAUCCAUUAAGUGAAAAUAAAGACAAAUUCCUUUUCGUCAUGGACUUGUAUGACCGACCUUUUCUCUAGCAGAAUCUUUCUUUUCGCACUCCUCUCCAAAUCAGUGUCAGUCACUAUGACUGACUCUGAACUUGGGAAGCUCCGAAGAUGUAAUGCUUGCCUAUAACCCUAACCUUCAAACCCUAAACCCUGCAUAACCUAAACAUAACCCUACGCCUAUAUAACCUAACCUACCUCAACCCCCAAAAGUGUAUUCAGUCUAAAAAAAUAUCCAUGUUAAAAUAUACAGACUUAGACUACUCCACGGAAAACAUUAAAUGAUGGAGAUGUAACAUAACCAGUACCCAAUUCUAACCCAAAUAAUAACCUAACCUAAACGUAACCUUAACUCGUCUGACCUAACAGUACCUAACCUACUGUUCCCUAACCCUUACCUAACCCAACCUAUCCAGCCCCUUAUCCUAACCCUUCCCUAAUUAUAACCAUGCCAAGCCUCUCUAACUCGUUCCUAACCUCAAGCAACCCACGAACACUUGUACGAACAUGAAAUCGGUGACAGGACAAUGGACAAGCAAAAAAAUUGUGUAUUCGGCCCAAAAGCCUAUCCAUGUUAAAAAGUUUAAAUAGAAAAAAUUGAAUCAUGGAUAUGUAACCUAACCCCUUCCUAACUCAAACCGUAUCCAAACUAUAAUACUAAGUCAAACCCUGAACCCUAAAAUAGCCAAACCCUAUUCUUUAACCAAACCUGAUAGUUCUUUGGCCAACCUCUAACAUUGUUUACUUAACCAAACUUAACUCAGUCCAUGUGCUCUCUCCCUGGUGACGUAAAAUCGAUGACGGAAAAUAAUCACGCAAAACAUUAUAUAUCCAUCCCCGAAACAUAUCCCUUUAUGGCUUUAUGGUCUUAGAGCAAGACGAGCAUUAGCAAUUUGGUUAAAAAGAAAAGGGGAAAUCGCGUAAGUUUAGUGAUACAGAGUUUAGAUUGGCGCUAAAUAAAUCAUUGUUGCCAAUAUACGGGCAGAAUCAAGCAGCAACAACACUGCACCCGCCCUAAAGUAACCAAAUUGGUAAAGUUGGCAUUGCUCUGAAGCAACUUUGGGCCGAAAGAAAGGGUUAAAAAUGUUUAGACUAGGCCACUUCAAGGAAAAACAUUAAAUGAACGAGACGUAACCUUGCUCAUACCGAACCCUAAAAUAACCUAACCCUAACUUGACCGAUCCCUGCACCAACCCUAAACUUCCUUACCUAAUCUAAGUCAACUCAAGAGCACUCCCUGCGAGAGAAAUUAAUGUAACCUAACUCAUCUCUAACUCUAAUCGAGCGUUGUAUCUCAACAUAUUAUUGAUGAUGGGUGUUGGUCUGCGAGUUAUUAUACUAUUUAUUAUUAUUAAAUAUUAUUUUCACAGUUUUUCCAUAAAGGUAUUUUUAUAUUUAUUGAUUUUCAGGCCUCACUUGCAAACCUUAUAGUUCGUGUAUUAUAUAUUUAAAGUAGUAUUAAUAUUUAAAAAAAAUAAUAACAAUAAGAUUAAUGAACAAUUUAGUAAUAAUUUUAUAAAGGAUGUGUUCAUCAGUACAUAUUAAGUGAUGAUAAAUCAUUCCAUGACAAAACUCAAGCCCUCGUUCACUUAAUCCUAAGCCGAGUGAAUGGAGUCGGCAAUCGAUUUGUAUACAAGGUGGUAUUAACAAAUAAAUGUAAUGUUAGAGUUUCUGGAGUUUUUCUUUUUUCUUUUGUAAUUGAAAUUGAUUUAUGAAUACUAACAUUUAUUGUUAAAAAAAACUGGUUCCAUUUUAUUACAACGGAAAUCCAAAUGGAUAAAAACCAUAGGAGAUUGUCAUUGUUUUGUAUGUUCAAAAUACGAUUUAUUACCUUUGAUUUUGAAUAGAAAAAGUAUUGUUAAAACGAAAGGAAUGUUUUUUCUUUCAAUUUUUCGUUUGUAAUAUUAUAUCAUUCGUGUACACAAGUUUCGCUGGUCAGUCAUGGACUUUUUUUGUUACAUGGAGUUCAUAUAAGACCGACAUUUUCUGGAAUAUUAAUAAAGACCGAAUGUACGAAA